AUGUCGACCAUGCGUUUAUUAUUAGUAAUCAUUUUUCUUGUCAAUUUUUCUGAUUCAAUUGAUGAUUUAAUUUUUCAAAUUCAACCUCAAUCCGUACUUAUUAAUAAUCUAGAUGAAAUAUAUAUAACAAAUGAUAAUCAUUUUAUUGGACAAGCUUUAUAUCGAUAUGAUAAAAUACAAUUAGCAUGUGAAUGUCAAACACAACUUAAUCAUACACAAUAUAAUAUAUAUUGGACAAUUAAUAAUAAAACUUACGAUCAAUAUAAUAAUUCAAAUAGUAUUGAAUUAUUAAUUAAUUUAAAUACUGUACAAGCACCAAUAACAUCUGUAAUAUGUCAUUGUAUAUUUAUUCAAUCAAAUAUAACAAAAAUAAAAAAAGAUUAUCAAUAUCAACUUUAUAUUGAUUUAGUAAGUGAACCAUCAUUAAAACCAAUUAAUUAUUCUCUAGAAUCGAGUAUAAUUAAAGAACGUUUUUAUAAUUUUAUUCAUCGUCGUUAUGUAGUCAUUCUUAGUUUUAUUCUUAUUAUUAUUGGAAUAUCAUGUCCACUUAUGAUAUUAAAUUCUGGAUCUUUUCUUUGA